ACAAAAAUGAGUAGUGAAUCAGAAACUGAAAAAAAUGUUCAAUCGGAGCCUGAACAAGACCCGGAUAUGGAUGGUGGAUACGGCUGGGUCAUAGUAUUCGCUGCAUUCUUACUUACAUUUUGUACAUGGGGCUUAAACUCGGCUUAUGCUGUUUAUUUUGCGUAUUAUGUCAAUUCCGAUUAUUUUGCAGGAGCCACCCAGUUCGAUUAUUCUGCAAUUGGUGGUAUAUCUGUUGGAGUGGGGAUGGCAUUUGCCCCACUUGUCAAUUAUUUACAAGGGAUCAUUGGAGCUCGACAAGUUAUGUUAUUAGGAAAUUGUUUCCAACUAGCUGCGGCAAUAUUAGCAAGUUUCUCGGUGAAUAUUUGGCAACUUUAUUUAACUCAAGGAGUAUUACAAUCUUUCGGUUUAGCGCUCAUAAGCUUGCCGGCAAUGACUCUUGUAAGCCAAUGGUUUGUAAAGAGAAGAGUAUUAGCCAAUCUGUUAGCAAUGACUGGUAGUGGGGUUGGAGGUAUUGUAUUCAAUUUAGGACUCCAAAAAAUUAUUGAAGUGAAGAAUGUCCAUUGGGCAUUAAGGGCUCAAGGUAUAAUUAGUGCAGUUCUAGUACUUUUUGCCAUCUUGUUGGUCAAAUCGAAGUCUCUUAAAAAUAAAGUUGAAUUCACGUUAAUUGACCUUCAGGUUGUGUCAUGCGCAGCCUUUUGGUUACUUAUGUUUUACUUGAUAACGUGUAUGUUUGGGUUUGUGAUUGUGUUAUACAGUUUAGCAGACUUUACCACAUCGCUAGGCUAUACCAACAAUCAAGGCUCAAUUGUGGCUGCUAUGGUUCAAGUAGGGUUUUGUAUUGGAAGACCACUUACUGGAGUUUUGGCUGAUUAUGCCGGUCCAUAUACAGUCACUACAGUGGCGUAUUUUGUAUCAGCUAUUAUAACAUUAGGAAUGUGGAUUCCGACAAAGAAUUAUGCUACUGCCAUUGCACUUGGUCUAUUAGAAGGGGUGUUUAUGGGUACAGUAUUCCCCACCUGUGCUGCUAUGGUUUCUAGGCUAGUUGGAAUGGCCAAGUUAAACAUAUCUUUCUGUAUGCUCUGGAUAUUUGUGGGACUUUCAGCGUUAUUCUCUCAAUUAAUUGCAUCCGCCCUAACUUCAGGAACGGGUACUACUCGAUAUAAGCAUACUGCAAUCUUUGCCGGGGUAAGCUUUUUGGUAAGUGCUAUCUUCUCUCUUCUUUUAAGAGGCUAUAUUAUCUCAAGAGAUCAAAUAAUUGCUCAAAAACAAGACCAAGAUCUUCACAUGAUUCAAAUAAGAGUUCCACCGUUAAGUGUGUUCAGGAAUUGUUUAUUAUGGCCCAAAUUGAGAGCUUGAAGUAUGAUUAAUAUUCUAUAUGAUAAGUGGGUCGGCGUGACUAGAUUCAAGAAGUAGGAUUUAAAUUUAUGACUUGUUAGAAAUCUGUAAAAUAUUUUUUUACAAUCGAGUAAGGUCAACUUUCAAAAGUCAAUUGUAUGUAAGUUUUGCUCGAAAAUAAGGAUACUGGCGUGGAAAUUUUCUGGGUAAGACGAAUAAGGACUCUGAACGUACCUAACAUGGGGUUAGUUUCACAACAAUAGACUCAACAGAUGGAAAAACUACGGAGAACUUUAUUCUUGAAUUUAACACAAGAUAUACCUACUAGGGAGAGAGUUCAAGUUAUUCACACUUAUCUCUAUCCAAAAAUAUACUUGAGGGACUUACACUCUCCACUCCUAACAAACAUAUCAGAGAUAUGAUAGGUAAAACCCAAAGUUUACUACCCAAAAGUAGUGGUGAAAAAAUCUCCUUACAAAAGAGGAGGAUAUGGCCUUUUGGAUUUUAGUAUCCCACACAGGGAAGGAGAGCCAAAGUCAUGUUCAAUACCUUAACUUCCUCUACAUCGAUUAUCUCUAGGAAUAGUGCAAAGCAUGUCAGAGCGAGAUUCAACUGGUGGAUUAGCUGGAUUAUACCUUGUUGUCGGACGGAUUUUUAGACUGAUGAAGUGUGGGGGCUGAAUAUAAACACAGGUCGCCUGUCACCGGUCGAGUAGUAGUGGUACCUUCGGUUUCGUGAUUUUACUUUUCAAUUUCUUCAUUCAAAUUUAAUUUUCUUGUAAUUUUCCAUUUGAGUGACCUUUUUUGCAAUGGACUCCCU